AUGAGCACCUUGACCUUGACCGGCUUACCAGACGAGCUCAUCAUAGGUAUCUUCGAAUUCCUCGACUCACCCAGUGUUGCGUCCGUCUGCAAACAACUGCGUACGAUAUAUGAAGAUCAGGAAGAGCAGGUCAUCUCCAAUUACUUCUAUACACAUCCCGGUUGGUCUGGCGAAGAUGGCGUCACCCGUCUGAAAAGAGUACUCGAUUACAGAAUGAAUACGAACCUCCUGGCCGCUCUGCGGCUCUUUAACGCCAUAAACUGCAUCGAUGAAAAGGCCUUGAACAUGAGCAAUUGGAUCGACGUCCGAGAGACACUGGAAGAGUACGGACUCCCUCUAGCUGAGGGCCUAUACAGGAAAGAUCACAAAGUCGAGUCUAUAUCCCUGCUUAGCUCUUUGCGCAACGCUCACGAUUGGGAUACUUUUUCGAUUAGAGUCGACGCGUUGAUAAUGCAGAUCGACAAUCAAGCAGAGCCUCAAGUCGGUGCAAGGAAACUAGCUGCGAGUGUCGUAAACCCGAUUGGAUGGCUGACGUUCAAAAAGAAGUAA